ACAUGACUCUGUUUCUCUCUCUAGCCCCUAAUCUCUCUGUGUCUCACCAUAAAUACCCCUGCACUUGCCCUCACCGCUUACACACAAUUCCUUAACCCUCCUCCCCCUUUCACUCAGGACUCCCCACAAACCCCCCCCCCCUCAAUUCUCCCUCUGAAGCAUUUCAUCAAACACAUAGCGAACAACUGCAAAAUGGCCAUCAGAAAAUCAAACCGGCUUCCGCAAACAGCCGUUCUGAAGCAGAUUCUCAAGAGGUGCUCCAGCUUGGGAAAAAAGCAGCAACACUACGACGAACAGGGCCUCCCUCUCGAUGUCCCAAAAGGUCAUUUCGUCGUCUAUGUCGGAGAAAACAGAAGCAGAUACAUCGUACCGAUCUCCUUCCUGACCCGGCCCGAGUUCCAGAGCCUGCUCCAUCAAGCAGAGGAAGAAUUCGGCUUCGAUCACGACAUGGGUCUCACGAUUCCUUGCGAAGAAGUCGUUUUUCAGACAUUAACUUCCAUGCUGCGGUGAAAAAGUCUGGAUUUUUGGGAGAAAAUGGCUGAAAAAUAAGCAAGACGAAGCUGCUGAACUGCUUCUCUGUUUUUUCAAGUUUUCUCCUUUAUUUUUUUUUCUCCUUUUUUUUGGGUUGUUUUUUUUUUACAAAUUUGACUCUGACCCAAGAUUAAAUCCGAGAAAUUAAACCCAUGGAGAUACUGUCAUCUGGGUUUGAAAUUGUAAAUCUGAUAAAGUGUGAGACUUUACUCACGGUGGCGGUGCGGUGGUUGUACACCCAAAUCAAAUAUUUUAAUAUUAAUAUUAAAUUUGAGGUUGUCACCUUUUUUCUUGUU